ACAACGGUUUCGUCUCCGAUGGCUCUCAUUUCCUGUUUAUCUACACCUACCCGUCGUGCGAACGCUCGCAUAUAUACCUAGGACUCCCGCCUGAUUAGUGGCAUGCUUUCGCCGACAUGCUAUGCACCCACAUGACCCGGACGAUAAGGAGGGUUGCAGCGGGCCGUGAGCAGGCGAAUCAGGCGCCCUGCUGAGGCCUUGGGUGUCAGGGCUGGAGGCCAGGGGGUUCCUCUCGUCAGGCUGCGUGCGCACCACACACACGUGUGCGAAUCGCGGUGGUUGGAGUGUCCCGGGGGCAGUGACGAUAGCUUCGCGCCCUAGCUCCUUGGUGCAGCGCCGCCCGAUGUUGCAUCCCGGUCGAUCUAUUGCUCACCCGCCGCAGCUAAUCGAAUGCUUGAGAUUCGUCUAGCGAUAACAACGUCUUCGACUAGGCGGCCAGGGCCGGGCCCUUGCUCGCCGUGAGGCUCUGCCUCUGCUAGCUCUCAGAGGCGAGGGGGCGAGGAGGGCUCCAGGCGCUGGCCUGUCUGGAUUGGCUACCCGAGGCUGUAUGUCGACAUGUCCUCUGGGUGGCUUUCAUCUUUCUCUCUUCCCCCUCUCCCUCCCUCCCCUCCGUCGCUCCGUGCUGUCUGUAUCGGUUAACAAAUUCCGACACAGUCCACGCACAACAGCGAAAAUGAUAUUCGGCACACGGCUUCUGCUAUUUGCUGCGCUGCAGAUCCGUGGCCGAGCCGCAGGUGCCGCGCUAAUAAUACCAUCCGCGACGGCUCCAUCCACUCCCGAGUCGGCCCCAGUGCCGACGCCCCCUCCCCUCGCUGGCUUGGAAGCAAGGGAUCGGGCCGCCGGCCUCUGCGGGUACUACAAUGGCGAUCGCGCGGUCCCGUUUAUCUGCAACGCCGGCUACGCGUGCGUAGGCGACAGCACCUGGAAUGCUGUCGGCUGCGUCUCGAUGGGGCCUCAAGGACAGCUCCUAGGCGUGGUUCCCACCUACUGCAUCGACUACUCCGGCUACACGGCGGGGAUGUGCAACAACAUGGGUUCUCGCACUGGAUGCUGCUACGAUCCCAAUUUCCCAGCCUGCAUCGGCAACACCUACACCGGGUCCAAGUUCGAAGGGUACACGGCGUUUCGGUGCGGCGCGAGUUACCUCAACCAGGGCUACCUCCUAGCCUGGGAGGCCUCCACCUCGGGCGUGUCCGCGACGACGGUGCUCAUCGCCCUGGCGGGGACCAACGUGCCCGCGUCCCCCGACACGGCCGAGGCUGCGGACGGCGGGGGCCUCUCGACGUCCGACAAGAUCGCGCUCGGCGUCAGCCUGCCCGGCACGAUCGCCGGCAUCCUCGGCGCGUGGUACGCCUACAAGGCCAUAAAGCGGAGGCGCGCCAACGCAGCGCGGCCAGACAGCCAGGUACUACUGACGUAGGAGGGGCGCGAGACGGCUAACGGGAGGCCGACGCGCCUCAAGGGGAGAGUUGGGGUACGAGGAGGGCAGGACGGCGUGUUUUAUAUCCGGACGGCGGGUUGCUGUUUCGUUAGAGGGAUGUCGUGGACGACGUGUCCACAACCCCGGAGAGUUAUACCCUAAUGUUGCAGAAUGGGGAUGGUGGUUCCGAGACUGGCUGCGUAACAUCUGCGCCUUGUCGAAGUCGUGGCCUCCCGGGGCAGCAGGCCAGGCGGCCUAUGAGUGGCGGACCGUUAUGAGGCGACAUGUAAUAUCAUGAUACAUCCAUAUCCGAAGUUCGUAUAUAGGUGGGGAGAUAGCGAGGAGAUUCCGAGCAGGAUACUGCUUCGGGUGUAAUGGGAAGCGUGGUCUGGGCCUUAGAGAUAGAUGCAUGGUUAUAUCCCUUUCAUGUCUGAACGGC